AUGCCCAAACUCUAUCAGGGCGAUUCUGAAGAAGACGGGAACCAUUCCUCGAUUUCCAAUCGAUACUCUGGCGAUCUUGGCGAAGCACUCCGAUAUGAAAAUGCCACGGAGACCAUACGGAGGUUGCAGUAUGAGAUGCAGUUAUGGAAGUCAGGGAAGAGUCUUACUAGCGACGAAGAAGAGAGGAGUGACGCCCUCAAAGGGCAUGCUGACGCGCGAGCUGAUCGCACUGCUCGACGAGAGCAGGAGAAGAAAGCAGCAUACGCUAAGAUACAAGAGACGAAGCGGCGCGCGCAGGCCAUGCGUGAAAAGAUUUCAACGAUCAGAAGCUCGAUGAGCCCCGGCAUGCCGCCUCCUCUUUCCACCAGCAUGCUUUCCAACUCGGGGAAGAAACGGGAAGACGCGAUGGAGGAGCAUUUGACCAGGCAUUUGGACGAUUCGCCUGAGGAAGAUGAGCGAUGGAAAGAUUCUGGGAAGAGGACGGCAGGGAUAAACUCUUACAAGGCCCGUCAGCCUAGCACAUCGCCCGACAGUCAAGGACGGGCUCAACCGGAUCACGACGUUGAUAGCAUCGACAACUACCUCAAGCCCCGGAAACAUCGGGGUGAAACGAACCGGGAAGACAAGUGGGCGGCCUCUACGAGGAGCAAUAGGGGUCAGACAUCCUCGAGGUUUGGGGAGGAAGAGGCGCAGAACGAGUCACAACGAGUGAACAAGACGAGAGACACAGCAAGCCCUGGUGAUGGGAAUUCUCCUCUGCCGUCUGGGAGCAGGGCGUUGCACACGGCUGUUCAAUCGAGAAAGCCACCAACGAGUCCAAAGGCCGGAGGAGCAGGAGGCGGCAGGCGAUCGAUGAGCCCGAGGGAAGCUCCGACGAAGCUGCCGGAGAGAGAGGAAAGGAGGAGGUCAGAGGAGCAAGACGAGGAGGAGAGGCUCCGGCUGCAGGAGCGCUCAUACAGGGAGAUGCGAAGCCGGCAGGCAGCUGGGGGCGGGGAUCCAGAGGCAAGAGCCGGAGGAGCAGGAGGCGGCAGGCGAUCGAUGAGCCCGAGGGAAGCUCCGACGAAGCUGCCGGAGAGGCUGCUGGAGGGAGCCGGGGAAAGACGAUAUGAGGAGGAGCAGGAGAUGGUAGAGGAAGGAUGGAAUCUGAAUGCUCGACGGGAAAUGGGAAGGGUGGCUCGGGAAAUGGCUGAACUGGAGGACAAGAAGAGCAAAGUAGACUCGCUCGUCCCCCUUGAGCUCCGUCGGUCGGUUUCUCCUAAGGAUGAUGGAGAGGCUCAGGAGGAGAGGAUGUCGCAGGAGGAGCUGGGGUUGGAAGCUGAAGGGGAGGAGAGGGUGGGCAAGGGCCUUGAGGAGAGGGAUGCGGGUCCGGACGACAGCUCUUCUCGCAAGGGGCUUCAUACUUUCCUUGGAGGAUGGUUUCCGAAUCCUUUCCGGGGAAGAAAUUCUCGCAGCAGCAGGGGGCAAGAGAAUGCUGUCGUGAACGAUGAUCAGAAUGAAAGGAGUGUCCUGGGGAGUAAGGAGGAGGGGAGGAAAGAGGAGGGGAGGAAGGAGGAGGAGGAUCUGUUUGGUCACCCCCAGCCAAUGGACCAGAGCAGCCUGCCUGAGGUGAAUCAGAGCCGGGCUGACCUCGGAUGCACCUUGGGCGAAAUUUCAGCCAUCGCCAUGCAGAAGACUCCUGCCUCCUCCGACUCGAACUCGCCGGAGUCCAUGCGGGAGGAAGUGAACAGAAGGCAAGAGGGUCUUUCGACGAGAGCAGCUCUGUUUCCUUCCCAUCCCGUUCUCAUGAGCCGUAGAAAAGCGAAGGGGGACGAAGAGAGGAAUGGCAAGCAGGAGCAGGAGCAGCAGGAGCAGGAGCAGCAGGAGCAGGAGCAGGAUGCGACGGACUUGUCGGACAGGAAAGGGCCCUCCGCAAGGAGGAGAACGAUUCCAAGCGGACUACCAAAGGUUUCUCACGCGCCGGCAAGACAAGUCACCAUGACGGAGAGGAACGGACACGAAGGAUGGGAGGUUGCGGGGAUAGAAAAGCUCCGGGCGAGAGAGGAGGACGUGCUGUCUCAGCUGCGGCAGGAGAACGAGAGGCUGAAGGAGGAGAACAGCAAGUUCAAAGCAGAUCUCAGUGCUUUGUGCUCCCAUUCCAAGAUGAAGGAGCUCAAGGAGCAGGCGGCCAUGAAGCGACAGGUAGCGACUGAUGAUGCUGAAAAUUCCGACAAGCGAGCAGGUGGAGCUGCUGAAUCUCGAGCUGAAGAGACUGCGAGAGCAGAUCAAGGUCCAGACAUUGACAACCGAGCAAGCACUUCCUCCAAGUAA